UGUGUUACUACAUGGAAUUUUCGGGUUGGCAAAGGGAGAUUGGGUAGUUUAUCGUAUUUCGCCGGUGCAGAGAAGAAAGAUGAAAGGGUUCUCGUCCCUGAUUUGGGAUCUUUAACCAGUAUCCAUGAUAGGGCUCGCGAAUUGUUCUAUUAUCUAAAAGGUGGGCAAGUCGAUUACGGCGAAGAGCACAGCAUUGCUUAUGGACACUCGCAGUUUGGACGCAUCUACGAACAAGGCCACUAUCCUGAGUGGGACGAGGAUCAUCCUAUUCACUUUGUUGGUCACUCAGCUGGAGCACAGGUUGCUCGUGUUUUGCAACAAAUGCUUGCUGAUAAGGCAUUUAAGGGGUAUGAAGACACUUCAGAGAGCUGGGUUUUGAGCAUAACGGCCUUAUCAGGAGCAUUUAAUGGCACUACAAGAACCUACUUUGACGGCAUGCAGCCAGAAGAUUGGAAAACAUUGAAACCUAUUUGUCUGCUGCAAAUUUGCCGUAUCGGAGCAAUAAUUUAUGAUUGGCUGGACAUUUCCAUGCUAAAGACCUACUACAAUUUCGGGUUUGAUCACUUCAACAUGUCAUGGAGGAAGAUGGGCAUUUCGGGGCUUGUCGAUUGCCUCCUGGGGCAUGCCGGUCCAUUUGCUUCAGGGGAUUGGAUCCUCCCUGAUCUUACAAUUCAAGGAUCUAUAAAACUCAACUACCAUCUACACACUUUUCCAAAUACUUACUACUUCAGCUAUGCUACCAAGCGCACUAGGAAAAUCCUAGGUGUCACACUUCCUUCAAGCAUUACUGGAAUUCACCCAUUGCUUUUUAUAAGAGUUUUGCAGAUGACCCAAUGGCGACAUCCUUCCGACGUUUCUCCCCCUUACAAAGGUUACAGGGAUGAGGACUGGCAGGACAACGAUGGAGCCUUAAAUACAAUAUCCAUGACCCAUCCUCGUUUCCCAAUUGAACACCCAAACCGUUUUGUUGAAAAGGAUUCAGAUUGCGAACCCUUGCAGCCAGGCAUCUGGUAU